AUGGCGACCACGCAGACUUUAACUGAAGCCCCGUUUGAGUCCAUAUCUCUUGAAGAUAGAAACAGAAAUCAUCAUGCUACAGAGCGACAAGAGAAUGGAGGAAGACGCGUUUUUGAAGCGGAUCCCGCUUUCACAAUAACUCUAGCUACGAGGCGAAUGAUCAUUACUUUGUUGGUGUGCGCCAAUACUAUUCAGUUCGUCUCCAAUGCAGUAACUAUCGCCGGCGGUCUUGCGCUGAGCAAAGACCUCGGGCGCGAAUCCGGUCCCGGGAAAGCUAACUGGAUGGUGGCAUCCUACCCACUCACACAAGGCGCCUUCGUCCUAGUGACAGGUCGCCUUGGCGCCAUCUAUGGCCAUAAGCAACUAAGCCUUCUCGGAUGCGCCAUCUUUACUCUAUUCUCAUUUGUCAACGCCUUUACCAAGACAUACGAUUCCUUCAUUGCCAUGCGCGCUCUCACAGGCGUAGGUGGUGGUAUUUUUAUGCCUAACGCCGUGUCUAUAAUCACCACCAUGGUCCCGCCUGGUCAAUCGCGGAAUGUCGUCUUGGGAUUUUUUGCAGCGUCGCCUCCUUUGGGUGGCAUGGUUGGCGCACUGAUGACUGGUGUUUUCAUGGACCAGGUGAAUUGGAUGUGGCUUUUCAUCCUGAUUGCGGGUGUCUCCGCCUUGAUCCUAGUUUGGCUGACUUUGCUCAUGCCCAAGGAGACCCCAGUCGACAAGGGAGGGCAUGUUGAUGUUCCUGGAAUUUUCCUGGGGCUGGGAAGUCUUUUACUCUUUAAUGUAGUAUGCAACCAAGCACCUUCGGCGGGAUGGAAUACUCCCUACGAAAUCGCUCUGAUUAUUCUUUCUGUGCUCCUUUUUACCACAUUCCUUUUCUGGGAGAAACGUUAUGCCAAAGAUCCCAUCAUGCCGCUUUGCAUCUUUCAGGCUCCGACAUUUCUCGCUUUGAUCUUUGUCGUUUUGCUGAGCUACAUGGCGUUUGGAAUCGGAAUUUGGUAUUCUGUGGCUUGGCAACAACUUCUGCGCGGAGUGUCUUUGACCCAAACAGGCCUACACUUCAUUCCCUUCGGGCUCAGCUCUAUCCUUGCCGUGUUCGUUGCGGCAUGGCUCAUCCCGCGUGUGGCAGCGCAAUGGAUCAUGGCCAUUGGUACAUUCUGGGCACAGCUAUUCCCCGCCAUGGUUCUGUAUGGCUUCUGUCCAGAUCUUGUCUACGUUGCCGCACAGGUAAUUGCUAGCAACAGUGUCAAUCGGCGCCAACAGGGCAUAGCCAGUAGUCUUAUAGGAACACUCAAUCUCUACGGCAACAGUCUAGGUCAAGGAUUCGCGGGAACAAUUGAGACAGAGGUCGGAACAAACAACGGCAAUGAUGCCAAAGGAUAUAGGGCAGCUCUGUAUUUUGCGGCCGGCUUAGCGUUACUGGGACUUGCUCUCGACAUUGUGUUUGUCAGGCUGCCCAAGGACCAACGUGAGGGUUGGGAUGAUCCGUCUGAAGGAGAUGAACAGGGGGCUGAUGGCAUGACUACAGCCAUUGAGGUCGAACGCUCUGUAUAG